AUGUCUGGACCCAAAAUCGCUAUCGUCAUCUACUCGAUGUAUGGCCAUAUCGCAAAGAUGGCUGAGGCAGUCAAGAAAGGUAUCGAAUCCGAGGGAGGCCAUGCGACCAUCCUCCAGGUAGCAGAGACGCUUCCUGAGGAUAUCUUGACCAAGAUGCACGCUCCUCCAAAGCCAGAAUAUCCAGUUGCGGCUCCUGCCGACUUGUUGGAAUAUGAUGGCUAUCUCUUUGGAAUCGCCACCCGUUUUGGCGGCUUCCCCGCACAGUUCAAGGCCUUCUGGGAUGCCUCCGGCCAGCUUUGGCAGUCCGGACACCUCGCAGGUAAAUUCGCAGGAGCAUUCGUCGCAACUGGAGGACCCGGAGGUGGUCAAGAGUCGACCUACUUCUCCAUCUUGACGACGUUUGUCCACCAUGGCCUCGUCUUUGUUCCUCUCGGCUAUAAGUACACCAGUGAUCUCUGGAACUCGAAUUUCUCAGAGAUUAGAGGAGGAUCUCCGUUUGGAGCAGGCACGUUUGCGGGUGAUGGCACGCGCCAGCCUAGCGAGGUGGAGCUUGAAACGGCGUCCAUUCAAGGUCGUGAAUUCUUCAAGCUCGUUAAACGGUACGCCUGA